AUAUUCCCGUGUUCUAACGUACAAAUAGGUAAUAAGAUUGAAAUUUUUUGUAGAUUUCAAGGAAUUUUUUAUUGGUGUACCAUUAUUUUAUAGUUUCAAUACUGAAUGAUAUCUUUUUAUACUGCGUCUUGUGUGUUUUCUAUGGGAGUGAAUAAUACAUUUAUAAUAACUUCUUUAUAAAUUUUAGUUCAAAUGACGAAGAUAAUUUUGUCAUGCGUGCAACAUCGCCUUUUGUAGGCAUAUGUAUUUUAUCCCAUGAGGACGACAAAUGCGUGAAGCUUCGAUCAAUCAAGUCUGUUUAGUGACGUUAUUAUCAGAUGGUUAAUUUGAAGUGCUGGGAGGGAAAUGUGACUAUUGAUGCGCGGUGCGAUUAAUAAUUGUGUGCAAGUGGUGAGACCGGUUUUCUGUAAUUCGGCGAAUUUCACUGGCUUGUCGUCAUUCGCAGCUUUGAUGAUCGGCUGCUUGAAUUAGAUUUGAAAUAGAAAAUUCAAUCCAGUAAAUAUAUUAUCCAAGCGUAGUUGUUGAUUAUUCUCUCAAAAAUUAGUAUUUGCGAGUAUUUUUAUUGCUUGCAAAUUUGGUCCGAUGAACCAAAGAGAGAAAAACAUGAAGAACUCCACAUCCUGGACUUCUCCGUGAGUAAUAUUUUGAGCUUCGUCUACGUUUUAGCGAUAUUAGUGCAAAAGUGAGUGCGAUGAAACCCAUCAGCUUCGAAAUGCUGCGACGCCUGAUGCGCGGGGGCCAUCGCGACAGAGAUGCAGAGUCAUCACAAACAUUCAAGCGAUCUAACUCAUUCAAGCGAGCCUCGUUCAGGAAAUCCCUACACAAGCACGACAAGGUAACCUUGCCUAACGGCCUAGUUGUGAAAACUUCGGCUGUGCAGAGGAAAGAGUCAUUGUCGAGCAGCGAGGAGCGUAAGGAUGAUGGAUACUCGACGGACGGGGGGGAAACUCCCGCAGUGGCCUCCGGGUCUUCGAAAAAUGGUCCAAAAGGAGUCAUCUCGUACGGACAAUGGGUGGCGGCGGCGUCGGCGGAGGACGAGUAUCACAAGACGCCAACUGCUGAUGAUUCUUGCCCGUCUACCAUGUCGACAAAUAGGCUCUCUUCUCUGGACUCCGGUGUACGUCACUCCAUGGGUUCCUGUAAAACGUACAGCGUCGAGUCCAACAAACGUCUCAGUUUGGACUACCGUCGUGUGAUUGGGCUGGACCCAACGCAUGCUCAUCCUCGACCAGACCUAUCGCGGUGUCCCGAGACUCCCAGUCGACGGAGUGUUGAGAGUAAUUUCCGUCGAUCCAUUUCGACAGAAACUGCUCCUGCACCUCCCACGCGCCUCAAAAGUUUGCUGGGUUCUCCCAGAGUAGCUCCCAAGCACCGUGACCACUCGCCCUCUACUCCCUCUGGCAUCAGCGCCUACAGUGUUCAUGGCACGCCUAACCGCAACAGGGUUUUGUCCCAACCUAUGUCGGCUCCGUCCACUCCUGGAAAACAAAUCCAGCGCGUUCUCCAGCACCAGCGUCCGUCCCACACGCCCACUCACCAGCUCCGUUCGUCUCUCCACGACAAGGAGCGAUUCUGUGCCGUCCAUGGGUCGCCGGCUCUUCAACGCAUCCAGAGGGAGAGCCGCAACCCCAUCACUUCCCCUCAGCUCGUCAGAAGCCCCAAGCCCCUUAAUAGAUGGUCUGCCAUGUUCUCUAACUCGAUAUUUACCAGAUCCCCCGCGAGGAAAAGUCAAACACUCCAGGCAAGCCUCCACACCCAAUUGUCUUCUGAAAAUCUACAUCAUUCAAGCGUCGGUCCCAUUCUAAAUAAUCCUUUACGCAAAGAUCGCCUGCAACAGUCGCAUCACCAAAUUUAUCAAACUGGGUUCGACUCCCCAGUCUUAAUGCAACGUUCAGUUCAAUCUUCUAACAACUCGCCGGCGAUAUUGCGUUCUCACACGGUGAAAAAUACUUCGUCUGGUGCUCCAGUUCCCAAUUGUCUCGACUCAAGGCUGGGUAUUGCCCGAGCUAUUGGAGGUCCAAGACCCCCUGAAGACAGCGUAUUAGCAUUCGGCGAUAAAAACUCAUGUUUGUACGAAAGCCCGCAUGUUUUUAGACGUUCGCAAACCCCACAAUGUUCCAAUGCUCCCGUUAUUCUUCGACAAUCGAGUGCCCCAUCUGCAGACGGUGAUGCAUCUGUUUUUGUUCGAUCUCGACCCCUGUCUUCGCCUCCUCCUGGUCUCCCACCAGCGCCAAACUCCAGCCAUGUUUUGAGCGAGCAGCCUCUCCUUAAUUCCUCUCAAUUUUAUCCUGGUAAGCUCGCCUCGAGCAGCCUUGUAUCAGGGCUGCCGUCAGUGUCAAUCGUAGGAGGACGAUCCAUUUCGUCGGAUCGUUCAAGUUACCUCAACGACAGCCACGAUCGACCGACGCCCCCUUUACGAACUUUGUCGGCUGAGAGACCCUGGGCGCCUAGCAACUCCCGCUUAUCUGUCACUACUUGGGGCAGGCCUUUUUCUUUAGCGCUUGGAUGCGCUAAGGGAAAAGCGGAUUUGCUCAGCCCCGCGAGCAUGACGAGCGAAACUUCGAGCAGAAGUGACAGACGUCGACGAGGCCCGUCGUUGUUGGUGGGCAAAGCAUCUUGGUUUACGCGAAACUCCCCCGCAAGAAAAUCUUUUCGAGUUUCUAAUAAAAAUUUAAAAAUGACCUUGGUUGAAUUCACAGAAGAAGGGGAAGAGGCAGAUCUGCCCCCACCUCCUCCCCCGAGGCCGGCGAGAUUGAUCCCUCCGGAGCAAUACAAAAAACUACGAGAGGAAAGAAAAUCCGUGGAUUUAGAUGAGCCUGUUUUCAUCCCACCGCAGAAACGCAAGCCAUCAACACCCGUUAAGUUCCCUAUGUCUCUGUGGAGGAAAAAUAAUCCCUUACCUGAAAUACGCACCACCACUCACACGGAUCUUUUGAUGCCUCUCAGCCAGUCGGGGGGCUCUAGAAACUUAUUGGAUAAUAGGAACGAGAAAACAGCCUCCCUUAUGCAAGCAUUACUCCAGGAUCAGACUAAGGAGCGAGACGAUGACACGAGAGACACGAACAGCGAACCCGGUGGCGCUCGAUUUAGUGUAACGCAAAAACACAAACCAAAAUCCGUCCCUAAUAGCACGCGCUUAAAUAUCAAAUUAGCGAGAAAUCCAGAAGCUCUCUUGAAGGCCUUAGGGUUCGAUUCAAAGAAAAAAGGCAGAAAAUCGUGCACUGAUAAGAAUGCUGGUGCUAUGAGUGAACAAAUAAUAACGCAGUUGCUGCUUGAACAAUUGUCUUCGGGAAAAGUUAAUCAAAAUAUCGGUGGUGCUGAAUCAAGUGCACCUGAAGGCUCUUUGCUUCAAGUUGCGCAAGGUCUCGAGUCCUGCGAGUCGCUAUCUUCGCUCGUGUCGUCAGUGAUAAGCUCACGUACGAGCAAUAGCAGCAGAUCGAAAAGAAAAGGCAAGAAAGUUCGACGAAGAAAGUCGAACAGAAGAGUACCGUCCGUGCCUGCCUAUCCGUCAUGGAAGAAGACAGCGCAGAAAGGAGUUGGAGCGACAGCGGCUGCUGCUCGACUGGAAAAUGGCGACAUCACACAGAAGGGCUACGAGAAGAAGCGUACUCGGUUGCUGCAGCCCUACGCUCAGAAGGACUCUGGCUCUGGUGGCGACACAGGAGUUGUUAGUCUCAACGACUCCAAGGCUUCGAUUAGCAGUGAACUCUCCGCCACCGCCACCGCCGCCGCCAAUUUGUCCGCCUCUAAACGGCGGCGGCAGCACCGACGAGUUACCAGGAAUGAGUCCCGAUACCAUUCAGAGGUGCGGCAGGAAGCCGUGAAGGAAGCUCUUGCCCAGUACCAGUCUCGCCCUAAGAACCUGCCUCUACCCUCCAAACGCGCGUCUGUCACCACCGCGCGCUCUCCGGAGCAUCACCACCACGACUCAGACUCGGAAGACAGUGACGACGACAGCAUCACAGCAGGAGGCAGCCUGGGCAGCGGCCACAGUAGUGGACCGAGUGCUACACCGGACCUGCCACCACCAUCCCGUAUCACCGCCCCUCAUUACUCCAUCACACCACCUAACACCAACCAGCAGCAACAUUAUUCCAUCACACCACCUAACACCAACCAGCAACAACAGUUCUCUCACCGACACAACGUACCGUCUAGCAGCAGCAGCGCUGAUAGCGCUCGAAGUAACCACCUUAAUAACCCGGUGCUGUUGCCGCCACCUACGCUCCACCAACAGAUCUUUGCUGCUGGGGGAAGCAGUUCUUCUCCACCUCCACCACCGUCAAGUGGCGGUGGAAGUGGCGGCCACAGAAGCGGCGGGAUGCCUCAACAACAGCAUGGAUUCCUGCAUCACGGUGUAUCCAGCAUACAGCAGCAGCCACUGCCACCAGUUCCACCACACAGCGGCGGUGUGGCGGUGGUGAACGGUGGUGACGAUGAUGAGCGCAGACGGCGGGAGAUGACUGAAGUCACCGACCUCAUGCGCAACAUUACCACAUACUGCGACCCCCCCGACGUGACUCAGAGCUCACAACCCCAGCCCCAGAGGUUGGGUGUCGGAGCUUCGAGAGACGACAGACUCGCGGGGCAUUAUGCUCGUCACCCACCACCCUCCCACCACACACCCAUGCUUGAUCCAGAGAACUGGAGAGGCACCGGACGCUGGAAAGUCUCCAAUAAAAUACAGCAGUUACUCAACACCCUCAAGAGGCCCAAGAAACGGCCGCUGCCCGAGUUCUAUGUUGAUGAUGAAGAGGAUCUAGAAAUUGCUGCUAAUCCUAAGGACCCGAACGCACCUAAACCCGAGGGCAUGGUUAUGACUCCUGCUAAAGGCGAAACCCUAAUUAUUCCUGCUGGUUUGCCUCGGUCUGUGGAAGCUGCAGUGGAGCGAUAUGGCGGCAGUUCGGGAUUCAAAGCUUCCGUUGCUACCGUCCUGGACUCGAAUAACAAACUAUCCACUCCCCUUACUUAUGGCAAGUUGCUGAGUCGGUCGCAGAAGAUGGCAUAUAAUUUGCUGAGUCGGCUCGGCGGCCGCGGUGAAGGAUCAGUCCUACCGGGUGACCGAGUAGCGCUCAUUUACCCCAACUGUGAUCCCGUGUCUUUCAUGUGCGCGCUCUACGCUUGUUUGCAAGCCGGGCUCGUGCCUGUACCCAUAGAGGUGCCCAUCUCACGCCGUGAUGCUGGCUCCCAACAGAUCGGUUUCCUGCUAGGGUCGUGUGGGGUGUCCGUCGCCCUGACCAGCGAAGCGUGCUUCAAAGGGCUCCCCAAGAACGCGUCUGGGGAGGUCGUGGGCUUCAAGGGCUGGCCCAAGCUCAACUGGUUCAUCACCGACCACCUUCAGAAGCCUCCCAAAGAAUGGCAAAUUCCUCCAAAAGCCCCGGAUGAUGCCCCUGCCUAUAUCGAGUAUUCGACGGACUGCGAUGGUAGCGUGAAGGGCGUGGUGGUGAACAGGUCGGCGUUACUCAACCACUGCCGCAGUCUCACGUCUGCCUGCAGUUAUACUGAAGGAGAAGUCGCUGUUUGUGUCCUGGACUUUAAAAGAGACGUGGGCUUAUGGCACUCAAUGUUUUGCUCUGUGUUCAACGGCAUGCACGUUAUCUUCAUCCCGUACUCAGUGAUGAAAGUCAACCCUGCCUCGUGGAUGCAUAUGAUCACCAAAUUUAAGGCGAGCAUCGCAAUAGUAAAGUCCCGCGACCUACACUGGGGUUUACUGGCCACCAAAGACCACAAGGACAUCAGCCUGCACUCUCUGCGCCUGCUGCUGGUCGCUGAUGGCGCUAACCCUUGGUCCCUGUCAUCAUGCGAUCAGUUCUUGAGCGUCUUCCAGAGCAAAGGGCUCCGACCUGACGCCAUCUGCCCUUGCGCUGCCUCCCCUCAGGCCCUCACCGUCUCCGUCAGGCGGCCAGGGCACGGAGGCAGCACGGCGGUGGGGCGCGGUGUGCUGAGCAUGCAAGGGCUGAGCUACGGAGUGGUGAGGGUAGACCAGGAGAACUCCCUCACUUCCCUCACUCUGCAGGACUGUGGACAGGUCAUGCCUGGUGCACAAAUGCAGGUGGUUCGCGUCGAGGGCCCAGCUUACAUCUGCCGCACGGAUGAAGUGGGCGAGAUCUGCGUGAGUGGGGACGGAGUGGGCAGCGAAUACUGGGGACUUCCUGGCAAAACAAACCACACGUUUAGAGUGGUGCCUCGCCAGCCUCCUGACGACGCUAACGUCUCCGUAGGCCAGAUUAACCAGUCCCCUCAACCGCCCCCAGCGGAGACUGGAGGUCCUUACUACGUCCGCACAGGACUGCUGGGAUUCCUUGGCCCCGGCGGUCUGGUGUUCGUGUGCGGGUCGCGGGACGGUCUCAUGACCGUGACCGGCCGUAAGCACAACACGGACGACAUCAUCGCCACGGUGCUCGCCGUCGAGCCUAUGAAGUUUAUAUUCAGAGGCCGCAUCGCUGUCUUCAGCCAACGCGUCCUACGCGACGAACGCAUCUGCAUCAUCGCUGAACAGCGACCAGAGUGCUCAGAAGAAGAGAGUUUCCAGUGGAUGUCGCGAGUUCUGCAAGCAGUUGACAGCAUCCAUCAAGUGGGAAUUUACUGCCUAGCUCUUGUUCCUCCCAACCACCUGCCCAAGACACCCCUGGGGGGCAUACACCUGUCAGAGACCAAGAAGCGCUUCCAGGAGGGUUGCCUACAUCCCGCUAACGUGCUCAUGUGUCCGCACGCAUGCGUUACCAACCUCCCUAAACCGAGGGAGGUUCAUCACGAUGUUGGCCCCGCCAGUGUGAUGGUGGGCAACCUGGUGCAGGGCAACCGCCUGGCUAUGGCCCAGGGGCGGGACAUCGGCCUCAUGGACGAUGAGGACGCCAGCAGGAGGCACCCACAGUUUAUCGCCGACAUCCUGAAAUGGAGAGCGAGCACCACAGAGAACCACGAAAUUCUCACCUUGCUGAACGCGAAGGGCCAAGUCGCAGUCUCGCUGACCUGUUCUCAGCUCCACAAGAAAGCGGAACGUGUAGGCGUCCUGCUUCUAGAAAAAGGCCACAUCAACAAAGGUGACCACGUCGCUCUUAUAUACCCUCCCGGCGUGGACCUCAUCGCUGCCUUCUACGGCUGCCUCUACGUAGGCGCUGUACCGGUGACCAUCCGGCCUCCUCAUCCCCAGAACCUGCAGAGUACCGUCAAUACCGUCAGAACCGUCGUAGAGGUCUCCAAGUCCGUCAUUAUUCUUAGCACACUUUCCGUCAUCAAGCUUCUGAAGAGUAAAGAAGAGAAAUUCGACAGCGGUAAGAAAUGGCCGGGCAUUUUGGACACGGACGACCUGCCAAAGAAGCGUCUGCCCAGCACUUAUCGCGCCCCCACACCUGAAAUGAUCGCCUUCCUCGACUUCAGCGUCUCCACCACCGGCAUGUUGGCGGGCAUUAAAAUGUCACACGCCUCCGCAACGGCGCUCUGCCUCAGCAUGAAAGUGGCUUGUGAACUUUACCCCAGCCGCGUUGUGGCUCUUUGUCUUGAUCCCUACUGCGGUCUGGGGCUGGCUCUCUGGGUGCUUUCUUCGGUCUACUCAGGGCACCAGUCAAUCCUUAUACCCCCAGGAGAAGUGGAAGUAAACCCGGCGUUAUGGCUGACCGCUGUGUCACAGUACAAGGUGCGUGACACCUUCUGUUCGUACGGCGUCAUGGAGCUCUGCACUAAAGGCUUGAGUUCAUCCAUCACCGCACUGAAGCAGCGCGGCAUCAACCUGGCCUGCGUUCGGACUUGCAUUGUGGUGGCCGAGGAACGUCCAAGAAUAACACUCACCAAUUCCUUCUCAAAACUCUUCAACGGCUUGGGUCUGAGCCCGCGCGCCGUGUCCACAAGCUUCGGGUGCCGCGUGAACGUCGCCGUUUGUCUUCAAGGAGCUUCAUCGCCAGACCCCUCGACGGUCUAUGUUGACUUGAGGUCCUUGAGGCAUGACAGAGUCACGUUGGUUGAGAGAGGCGCGCCUCACUCGCUCUGCCUCAUGGAAUCUGGAAAACUUUUGCCUGGAGUCAAAGUCGUCAUCGCUAAUCCUGAAACUAAAGGCCACUGCUCUGACUCGCAUCUCGGUGAGAUCUGGGUUCAAAGCAAUCACAACUCUAGCGGUUACUUCACAGUUUAUGGAGACGAUGGAAGUUCAAAUGACCAUUUCAAUUCACAGUUGGUAACUGGCAACACUGGAGAAGUUUACGCUCGGACGGGCUGCCUCGGUUUCCUCAAGAGAACAGAAUCUGUGCAAGCCGACGGCGAGCUCCACGAUGCAGUUUUUGUCGUUGGUUCGUUGGAUGAAACUGUGAUGCAGAGAGGCAUGAGGUAUCAUCCUAUAGACAUCGAAAACACGGUACUUCGGUGCCACAAGAAGAUCUCAGAGUGCGCGGUGUUCUCUUGGACCAACCUGAUGGUCGUGGUCGUCGAGCUGGACGGACAGGAAUACGAGGCUCUAGAUUUGGUGCCGUUAAUAACUUCGUCAGUCGUUGAGGAGCAUCAAGUCAUUGUUGGAGUCAUCGUUGUCGUCGACCCUGGCGUCGUCCCAAUCAAUUCCAGAGGAGAAAAACAAAGGAUGCAUCUCAGGGAUGGCUUUUUAGCCGAUCAGUUGGAUCCAAUAUACGUAGCUUAUAACAUGUAAAGUAAUUAAUAUCUAGUUAACCAACCAUCGAACUUUCCAAAGUUUACGAAGAACGAACGAGGAAGAAGUUGAUGAGUUGAGGUGUAUUUGUCAAGGUUGUUUUUUUGUUGCAUUUCAGUUCACUUCGAGGAACACUCGGCUAUUCCAACUCGUGAGUAAUUUUUGAAUAGUUAAUGAGUUCUUUAUCAGAGAUAUAGUAGCCUAAUGUGAUAAUGGAUUGUUUAAUUUACGAAGGCAGUGGGAUCUCAGGCUUGUCAGUUGUACGAGAGAAUGGCAGGUAGCUAAGAAAUUAAAAUUGAACACGUGCAAGCACGACGUUUUUCGCUCCACCAACGAUAGCUCAGCUCAUGGUAAGUUCCGUAUGCCGAAUUAAUGGCGAUUUUUCUCAUAUUCUGUACAGGCUUCAAGUAAGAAUGCACCGUAAUAUUAGUUAGGUAUGUCCUCUCAAGUAUGGGCGACAGAUUGAAUAUUGGAACGUUUUGCGUUAGGGAAGUCAUGCUAGUCGCUUACUGCCAAGUCCUUGCUAGGUGACACCGGUAGUUUCAUAGAAUUAAUUACAAGCUCACACGCACUCUAAUGUAGCACGGUAGGUCUCUCUUUCUUCAAUCAAGAACGAGGUUAGAAUUGAUGGAUACGGUGUGUAAUGUACGUUGUCGAAGUACGGUUUUCAGGAUAGAUUUUUAAUUAAGAGACGUUCACCAUCGAUCGUCCGGAGCGACACGAAACUGGGUGUGAUCAAUUUUAUGCUAGUUUCAAAUUGCGCUUUUUAGCGGUAAUUAUUCCUGUUCUUAAUUACGCCUAAUCAAGUGUUUUUUAGUGUAUUUAAAAGUUCUUUGGCCACUGAGAAAUAUUCUUCGGUAGAAUCUUUUUUUCUAAAUUACUAUGAAGGCUGAAAUGCUCUUAGGUAUUAACAUUUCUGCGAAACUUGUCUAACCUCAAAAAGAUUGGUUUACGGUUUAAAUUUAAGGCGAUGAAUCGUCUGCAAAUUAUUUCUCGUGAAAUAUUAGAACGAAGGAGCUUUAACUUGAGGAAGAAUAGGCCUUCUUGAAUGUGCUGUGCUGAAGCAAAGCAUUGUUGGCGCCGGAAGGAAAUGAAUGUAUUCCUUAGGAAUUCGUAUCCUUGUGUACGCCGUUUCGGGGUCAUGUGCAACGAACAUGGCUUCGUUUGUGCGACAAUAAUUAGCUUUAAAUGUAUUUGUAAUGUAACAUGGGCCGCUGAUGCUGACAGUGGAGCUUAUUUAGUCAUCCUGGGUUAGAAUAAGAACCCUUGACUCCGCUUUCCUUCCCGUGCUGCCAUUGCCUCUUACAAAUAUUUUGUACUUUCACCGCCUUGUGGUGAAUAAUGGAUCCUAAUUGAGUCUUGCAUCACUCUAUGUAUUGGAAUAAUCACAAGUAAUUAAAGAUUUAGUUCAACAUAGCGUCGAUGUUUUUUUACCAUGUAAAAUUCUUCGAUAUAAAUUUAGAUUAUUCUCAAUUUUGUGAUUAGGUCAGCGCAUUGAUCGCUCAUGUGCCAUUUGCGUAGAUUUCUUAUACUGAAGUGUAGUGAUAUUAAACGAGAGUGUAGCAUGACGUAGUCUAGGCGUCAGUGUUUUGUGAUCGGCAUUUUACAGUUACGAAGAGAAUCCUAGCAGCUUGAUUGAUUAGCUUUUUCUAGAUUAGUUGUAACAUGUGAUCAUUAACCUUCCUUCGCUUGUUUUAGAGUAACUAAAUGUAGAUAUGUUUUAUGUUCGUUUAGGUCUUCGUUGUUCGGCCUUGUUUUACUCAAGUUUUAAAAUCUGAUGCCUGGUUAAAGUGGCUCGAUAAUUUAAGGAGUGAAUAUGCAACAGCAUCACUAAGACUCAAUCAGUGUCAGAUGUUCAGUUUCUAAAAAGACAGAUCUCCUAAGUGACUAAUAUUUUAAGCAAUCUGUGUUGUAAUUUUGGC